AAGUUUGUAACAUUUCUUGCCUGCCCCGCCGUGGCCCCGCCCCUGACUGCGCGUGCGCUGUGGGCGCAGGGCUUCCACCGUGACAUGCGCGAGAAGCGCGCGGCGGAGGCCGCGGCGGCGGCGAGCGUGGACGAGGAGCUGGACGAGGUGGAGAGCGAGGUUGAGCGCGCCGCCGCCAGCGCCGCCGCAGUCGCCGCCGCCUCGGCGCCCAGCGUCGACGAGGAGGACGACGAAGAGGUGGAGGUUGAGCAAGUCCGACUCGGAGGGCCACCGCCCAUCAGCUUCCGGCUUCUCGGACGACCGCCCCGACUCGAGCUGGCCGAGCUGUUGAAGCAGUGCUCGGCCGAGCGGGCGCCUGGGCGAGGACGACGAGGACGAAGAUGGAGGACCCGAUCGAGCGCCGCCGUCGCCGGAGCCGGCCGACCUGCCGGACGAGGCGGGCGCGAUGGGCGGCGCGGGGCGGCGCGGGCGCGGGCGGGGGCGGGCGGCGCGACCUGGCCGAGCGAGGCGCGUUCCGCGCAUCCCGCGCGCGCCGCUGCACUCGGUGCCCAGCGCGGGGCAGCCCCCAUCCCCGAGGACGCCGAGCCGCCCACGCGCCGCCGUCGUCCUCGCGGAGGCGACGCCGACGACCGCUUCCGCCGCGCGCCUCGCCAUCCCAGACAUCACGUCACGCAAGCACAUGACGCCGCUGUCGGACCGGCGCUUCCACUACCCGGACCUGGAGCUGAGAGGAGCAGGGGCGGCGGAGGCGGCGGCGGCGGCGGCGGCUGCCGCGGCGCGCACACCCCGGCCUCCGCCUCCAGCCGCGCGUCCUCCGCCACCGACACCGACCAGGGCCGCGAGUACGUGCUGGACGAGCAAGAGGAAGGCGACGACUACAUCGCAGAAGAACCCGAAUUCGCCGAGGUGACGGCGGCCGACAUGAGCGCGUCGGCCGUGUCCUCGGACAUGACGGCGUCCGCGGACCUGACGACGUCGGCCGAGGCGUCGGCGGAGGAGCGCACGGUGUACGAGGCGGCGGCCGGGCCCGCGCCCGCCCUCGCGGAGACGCCCCCGCGCGACUCGCCCCCAGGCAGCGCCUCCCCGGGCUCGGACUCGUUCGAGCUGCUCGAGAAGCCCGACCUCACCGACGACUACGUCGUGGUGGAGGAGGUGGGCCGCGAGGCGGACGAGGGAGACGCGGAGGGGCAGUCGGUGCGGCACAACGGGCGCCGGCGCCGCCCAGCCCGCCGCGCGCGCGCCGCCCCGCAGCGCGGCGCGCCGCGACGCGCGACGACAGGACGCGGCGGCCGCCGACGCCGUCGCCACCUCCCCGCCGCAGCCGUCACCCGGCUGACGCGCGUGCAGUACUACCCCGCGGGCCCGACCGCCCGCCCGCGCGACACUCUGGGCCCUUCGACCCGCCGCUGGCCGCGGCGCCGCCUCCGCCCGCCGGCACCGGGGCCGGCGUGCGCAGGCACGGGCGUGCGCACGCACCCGCCAGAGCCCGACCCGGAGGUGGAGGCGGGCAAGAAGUGGAUAGAGAUGCAGUUCCAGGCCGAGCACGCCGCCGCGCUGGCCUACGGGUACGACAUGGAGUUCGAACGGGGCCCUCUCGAGGACAUCAAGGAAGAGGAGGCCAACGACUUCGACCAGAGCAGCGGCCGCGUGGGCUCCAUGGGCUCCUACCAGACGUCCAUCGGCAGCUUCGGCUCCGUCAAGGAGUCCUUCUCGUCCACGCCCGAGUACGACGUGCUGGCGGGCCGGCGCUUCUUCACGCGCUCGGGCGAGCACGACGACGUCUCCAUGAGCUCGCUGCAGGAGUUCGAGCAGCUCGAGCGGCAGCUGGCGCUCGAGAACGCGCGCAAGCGCUCGCACGGCUCGCAGGACUCGCUCAACGGCACGGGCAGCAUGAGCGGCGGGCGCAGCGCGGGCUCGGGCUCCGGCAGCUCGGGAUCGUUCGGCAACCGCCACGGCGGCGGCGGCGGAGGCGGCGGCGGGCCCCCGCUCGUGGGGUCGGCCGGCGCGCACCUGUACAGCCGCUCGGGCCAGGGCGACGACGUGUCGCUGUCGUCGCUGAAGGAGUUCGAGGGGCUGGAGACGGCGUGCAUCGAGGCGGCGCGCAUCGAGACGCGCGCCUUGCAGGAGGAGCAGGCGCUGCUCUCCGAGAUCGAGGAGGGCCACGAGAGCCAGGUGUCGGAGUCGGAGAGCUGCGACACCAUGUCCGCCGCGGCCGCCGCCGCCCCGGCCGGCGAGUCGGCCGACUCGGACGACUACGAGCGGCGCAUGUUCGAGAUCGACGAGAUCAUCCGCCAGGCGCAGUCCAACGUGGAGCGCUUCGCCGAGGCGCACGAGCGCCUGGAGGCGGCGGCGCCCACGCCGGCGGUGGUGGCGGCGCCCGUGGUGCCGGUGCGCGUGCUGGCCGACUUCUCCGCGCCGGCCCCGCACACGUGGCGCGACGCCGGCGACGACGCCACGCGCACCUCCUCCGACUCGCUGGAGGACGCGCCGCCCUCCGCCUCCGCCGCCGACGCCGACGCCGCCCUGCGCGCCAGCACCGACUCGCUUUCGACUCAAGACGGUGGCCGACCGCUCGGCCGACGUCAUGACACCAGCGCGCGUCCAUCGAGUUCCAGCUGGGGCUCUCCUCGGCCUGGACCGCUCACGCGAUUCCAUCGAGCUGCCGCCCGACGCCACGGCCAUCAUGGGCGGCGUCUGUGGAUUCGCGUUGACUGGCCGGCCGCGCCCCAGCCGUCGCACCACGGACUCCAUCGAGGAGGAAGAAGAGCAAGCGGCGGACGGUGCGAGCCGCGGGCCGGAGACCGCUUCCAGCUCCAGCGGGCGCGACGGCGACUGAGCUCGUCGGGCGCGGAGCUCCUCGCGGAACUGGCCGCGCCGGCACGUCGGCCGGCGGGCCGGCCCAGCCGCCGCCCGCGCCGACCAUGCUGGGCUCACCGACUCCUUGGAGCCGUCCCUCCUCGCGCCACGCACGCCACCUACCAGUAGCGAGACGACUCGGUCAUGUCGUCCAGCUUCACCAGCGGCGGCUCCACACCAGUGGUGUCGUCGACGGACCGCUGGACCGCCGGCGCCGCCGCGCUCGACGCCGCCGAGCUGAUGGCGGCGGCC